AUGGUAGUUAAUAUUAAACCUAUUUCUAGGAUAUUUUAUGGAGCUCUGCGAGCCAAUAGAAUAGAUGGUAUUCUUAAAAGUAAUUUUUCAACUGCUUUGGUGAGCCUUGCACCUACACCUACUUCAAAGAAACUCCAAGGAUCGAAUCCCCAAUUAUCAUUUCCUUGUCUUGACAAACUAGAGAAAAAAACAGAGCUUCUUAGUUCUAAUAAAUCAUGCAGUGAUAGCAAUCUAAAUUCGUUGAAAGGUGGUCCGGAACCAUCCUACUCAAAGGUGCUUACCGGAUUUGAAGUUUACAAAUCAGAUGAACCUAUAUUUUUCGACAAUGGUGGAUAUUUACCGGAAUACGAAAUAGCGUAUGAAACAUGGGGAAAGUUAAACGAAGAUAAAAGUAACGCUAUUUUAAUCCAUACUGGGUUGUCGGCAUCUUCGCACGCUAAGUCACAGCCUGAUAACACUAAACCUGGGUGGUGGGAGAAUUUUAUUGGCCCUGGGAAAUAUUUGGAUACUGAUAAGUACUUUAUCAUCUGUACUAAUGUUUUAGGUGGCUGUUACGGAUCAACUGGACCAUCGUCGAAAGACCCUGCAAAUAAUGAUUACUAUGGUACCCGUUUUCCAAUUGUAACAGUGAAUGAUAUGGUGAGAGCCCAACGAGGAUUAAUAUAUAAUGAGCUUAAAAUUAAAAAGCUUUAUGCCUCAGUCGGGGCCUCAAUGGGUGGUAUGCAAUCAUUGGCAUAUGGUUGGGAAUUUCCUGAUGAAGUAAAUAAAAUUAUAUCAAUCAGUGGUUGUGCUAGAUCUCAUCCUUAUUCGAUAGCAUUACGUCAUACCCAAAGACAAGUAUUGAUGAGUGAUCCAAACUGGAAUAGGGGUUUCUACUACGAAAAAGUUCCACCUCAUGUGGGUAUGAAAUUAGCUAGAGAAAUUGCUACUGUCACAUAUCGUUCCGGCCCUGAAUGGGAAUAUAGAUUUGGAAGAAAUAGAGCAGAUGAUUCCAAGCCAGCAGCUUUAUGUCCUGAUUUUUUGGUGGAAACAUACCUUGAUCAUGCGGGAGAAAAGUUUUGUUUGGAAUAUGAUGCAAAUUCCUUAUUGUAUGUCCUGAAAGCAAUGGACUUGUUUGAUUUGAGUCAUUCUAACAGACAAAGGGCUCACAAACAAAGAGAAAUGGCAGAACAAAAGUAUAAUGCAGCUAAGUCUGAUUCUGAAGUAACUGACACCUCCAUCCCCAAAGUACCAUAUAAGGAAAAAAAAGAAGCCGCCACCACUACACCUGAAGAGUCUUUAGAAGAUUUACGUAAGGGUAUUAGCAAAAUUGGUCACAAAGAUAUAUUGGUUAUUGGUGUAGAGUCUGAUAUACUAUUCCCAGUUUGGCAACAACGUGAAAUUGCUAAUGUAUUAAAAGAUGUGAAUAAGGGUGGAAAAAUCGAAUACUUCGAACUAGGUACAGAUAUUAGUAAUUACGGACAUGAUACUUUCCUUUUGAGUUUGGAUCAUAUAGGUGAACCAGUCAAAAAAUUCUUGAUGCAUUAA